AUGGCCUCCUCGACGACGGCCUCGGAGGCUGAGAUGAAGGCUGCCAAGCUCCCUCUCGGGUGGAGGGAUCAGUGCUCGGCCCUGCUCAUCCCGCUCAACGUAUGCCGGAAGAAAUCGUUCUACCUCCCCUGGGAGUGCGAGCACGAAAGACAUUCAUACGAGAAGUGCCAAUACGACGACUACAUGCGCCGGAUGAAGGCACUUGCGAAGAAGCGGCUAGAGCAGACAGAAGAGGAGGAAUAG